UCAAAGCCUAGCAGCUUCACUGUCGUUGUUAGGCGUAAACAGCUUGCAAAUUUGAAUUUUUUUUCUCUCCCCACUUUUGACCAGCACUGGGGCAUUGAAGGUGAUGGCAGUGUUUCAGAAGACAGAACAGAAAUCUCUAGGUGUUUGCACACAGGGAAGAGAAACUUGUUAGGGGUCGGUGAAGUGGAAAGAGAAUAUUCAAGAGAGGAAUGAGCUUGAUAUGAUUCCACGUCUGUGAGUUAAGACAAAGGAGGACUUUCUAGAAGCACCAAAACAACACUGAACAGCUAUGGUGAUAGAAACUGUUCACCAUAAUUUAUUUACAUUUAAGGUGCUCAGACCCUUGGUUAGUCCUUCCUCCUCCUGAUUCCUUAACGUCUUCUUCUCUACAAGAUCAUCCCCAUCAGGAUACAGGUUCUGCAAAGUACUUAUUAUUCAAGUUGGAUAAACCAGUUCUGCAGACUGCAUCCCCAGUGCAUUUUCCAAGAAUGACAACUGCCCUUAACAUUCUUGCAGACCUGGAUACCUAUCUGUGUGGAACCAGUAGAGUCUUGGAGUAUAACUAAGGACAGACACCAGUACUAGCACAAACGUUACCAAGUUGCAUGAUUAUGGAGAUGGUCUACCUAUUGCUGAAAAUGUAUCUAGUUUUUUGACAACGGCUUAAUAACCAUGGGGUCAAGUGGACUUGGAAAAGCAGCAACACUAGACGAACUGCUGAGCACUUGCAUUGAGAUGUUUGAUGACAAUGGAGAGCUGAACAAUAGUUAUUUGCCAAGAAUAGUUCUACUGAUGCACCGAUGGUAUUUAUCUUCCACUGAAUUGGCAGAAAAACUUCUCUGCAUGUAUCGAGAUGCCAGUGGAGAAAACUGUGAUGAAUUUCGGUUAAAGAUCUGCUACUUCAUGAGGUACUGGAUUCUCAAGUUUCCUGCAGAGUUUAAUUUGGACCUUGGUUUGAUCCGUAUGACUGAAGAAUUCCGAGAAGUAGCUAGCCAACUAGGGUAUGAAAAACACAUCAGCCUCAUCGACAUAUCCAGCAUUCCUUCCUAUGACUGGAUGAGAAGAGUCACACAGAGGAAAAAAGUAUCCAAGAAGGGAAAAGCCUGUCUGCUGUUUGACCAUCUGGAGCCCAUUGAAUUGGCUGAGCACCUCACUUUUCUGGAGCAUAAAUCUUUUAGAAGGAUCUCAUUCACUGAUUACCAAAGCUAUGUCAUCCAUGGCUGCCUGGAGAAUAACCCAACCUUGGAGAGAUCUAUUGCUUUAUUUAAUGGAAUCUCUAAGUGGGUCCAGUUGAUGGUUCUUAGCAAACCAACCCCCCAGCAAAGGGCAGAAGUCAUUACAAAGUUUAUCAAUGUUGCCAAGAAGCUCCUUCAGCUCAAAAAUUUUAACACUCUGAUGGCAGUGGUAGGAGGCCUUAGUCAUAGUUCUAUCUCACGCCUCAAGGAGACCCAUUCUCACCUUUCUUCAGAAGUUACAAAGAACUGGAACGAAAUGACAGAGCUGGUCUCCUCCAACGGCAAUUACUGCAAUUACCGCAAGGCCUUUGCCGACUGCGAGGGCUUCAAGAUUCCCAUCCUUGGCGUCCACUUGAAAGACUUGAUAGCAGUCCAUGUCAUUUUCCCAGACUGGAUGGAGGACAACAAAGUUAACAUUGUAAAAAUGCACCAGCUCUCCGUUACCCUCAGCGAACUGGUGUCUCUGCAGAAUGCCUCCCACCACUUAGAACCCAACAUGGAUUUGAUCAACCUGCUCACGCUCUCUCUGGACCUCUAUCACACAGAAGAUGAUAUUUACAAAUUGUCACUGGUGCUGGAGCCUAGAAAUUCUAAAUCGCAGCCUACCUCCCCGACAACACCCACCAAGCCUGUGGUGCCCCUGGAGUGGGCAUCAGGAGUGAUGCCAAAGCCAGACCCCACAGUCAUCAACAAGCACAUAAGGAAAUUAGUUGAGUCUGUGUUUAGAAACUAUGACCAUGACCAUGAUGGGUACAUCUCCCAAGAGGACUUUGAAAGUAUAGCUGCCAAUUUUCCCUUUUUGGAUUCCUUCUGUGUCCUGGACAAAGAUCAGGAUGGUCUAAUUAGUAAAGAUGAAAUGAUGGCUUACUUCCUGCGAGCUAAGUCCCAAUUACACUGUAAAAUGGGACCAGGAUUUGUCCAUAAUUUUCAGGAGAUGACCUAUCUCAAGCCAACCUUCUGUGAACACUGUGCAGGAUUUCUCUGGGGCAUAAUCAAGCAAGGAUACAAAUGCAAAGACUGUGGAGCCAAUUGUCACAAACAGUGCAAAGACCUCCUGGUUCUGGCCUGCAGGAGAUUUGCCCGGGCACCCUCCUUGGGCAGCAGUCAUGGGUCGCUGCCUGGAAGUCCCUCAUUGCCCCCAGUGCAGGAUGAAGUGUUCGAGUUCCCUGGCGUCACUGCAGGACACCGAGACCUGGACAGCAGAGCCAUCACAUUGGUCACAGGCUCUUCUCGCAAGAUCUCUGUGAGGCUGCAGCGUGCCACCACCAGCCAGGCCACCCAGACCGAACCCGUAUGGUCAGAAGCUGGCUGGGGGGACUCGGGGUCCCACACCUUCCCCAAAAUGAAAUCCAAGUUCCAUGACAAAGCAGCAAAGGACAAAGGUUUUGCCAAGUGGGAAAAUGAGAAGCCCAGGGUGCAGGCGGGUGUGGAUGUUGUUGAUCGGGCCACUGAGUUUGAGCCUGACCAGGAUGAAGCAGAUGCUGGUGAGACCAGACAGGAUGGUGAGGAUGGCUGACUUCAGACCGAGGACACUGGAGGCAAUCAUAUUGGCAUUUGGAAGGAGCGAGAUGAGAAACUCUGAAGAACGCUCCAACUCAGGAAGUUAUCUGAAAAGAUACCUUGGACUUUUAUUGACUGGUGACACCAUGGGAUCUCCCUGAUUGGACUAUGGGACAGAGGAUUUCGCCCGUGAACUAUUUAUUUCCUCCUCCCUGGGCUCUAGUUAGGUGUCACAAAGAUUGGGUGAUGUAGUUGGUAGUUUUCUCAUCUAUCUUUUUCUAGAGCCAUUUAUCUAUGAGUGAAGUGAAAGCUUUUCGGCAUGUACUUGAUACUCCGUCUCUAAACUCCAACUUUAAUUUUGUUGUGAGAAUAUUAUUUCAGUAUUUUUAUAAACUUUUGGUGGGGGAGGAGUCAAUUUAGAGGUCUUUUUUUUUUUCUUUUGUGCUUUUUGGAGGGGACCAGGACUUAUUUUCUAGAAGGACACAGAAGCUCUUCAGAUCCUGGAAGGUGGUGGUUCUACCAACCCAAGGAGAAGAUGUUUACAUUGUUCUUACCAUACAGUUGCUAUUAGGAUAUGUAACGAGUCAUACAUUUAUAUUCAAUAAGUCUUACCCAUUCUGCAUCAUAAGGAAGCUAUGAGACAGCCAUGAAAACUCUCCUGAUAUUUAUAAUUGCCAUGGGGGAAAAUUAAGUAUACUUGUCUCAUCUGACUAGGUUUAGCUAUCUUUCCUAAAACUCCUGUUAAGACUGCCAAUAAGAAAUGUGGAUGGUGAUUACAAAAUCAAUUAAAAUUUUGGGGGAUAAAAUUUAGGAGAAAAACAAACCACCAGAAAAGCAAACCACUUAGUGAAAUGAAAAACACCCAGCAGUCUUUAAAAAGUCAAAAUAGUUUUGAGAAUUUUAUUUGUUACAAAAGAAAAGUUUGGGUUGUGACAGGGAACUUUUGUCCUCUUCUGAAGAAACCACCAUCCAUAAUUAAAUAGUCAUAGAAAUCUGAUCAUCAGAAACCACCUUUGAUUAAUAUUUUAUUUCAGCUUUUCAUGUAUCAAUAUUUUAAAUAUCUUCCUUUGACCUAAAUAAUUAGAUGUGGGUCUGUUUUUUACAUGAUUAGAAGAGAGAGAACUUAGCUCAACAUGUUCAAAUAUAGAGAUUGGAUUGAGCCAGUGGGCAAGGGGAAUGACCUGGUGCCUCGUGACCAGAGAGAAGCUGGACCCACAGAGGUGUCCUGCUCUGCAUUGGGAGUUGAAGUGUGUAUACCACAUAAGACUGAAUCUGUUUCUGUGAGGGGCAGUCCCUUCAGCAAAGAAAUGCCUUUCUUCUCUUUCUGUUAGGUAAAAUUGAGGACAGUUCUAUUCCGCAAACAGUUGACCACCUGCUCUGGGCAGGUCCUGUGCUAGAUACACAAAGGCAAGUUACACCCGAUCUCUGCCCUCAGGAGCUGAGAGCUUGUGGGCGUUAAGCCAAGAUGGUUCCCUAAAGUACAGUUCCAGAUUUGCUAGAACUAAUGGUGCCAAACAGACUGAGAAAUCAAUGUGCAAAUUAAAUGAAGUUAUUAGUUGAGGGAGCUUUGAUUAAACUGUGUAAUAAGAGAACUCACCAUGUACAAAGCCCCUCAGAAAGCCAGCAGCCAUCCCUAUGUGUGGCUGUAUGUAUAUAUACUAUCUAUUCCUAUUCAUAAAUGCAAUGAAAUACAUGUUCACAAAAUUAAAAACAGAAAAUGGCAAUUUCAUUACAUGAAA